GAGGUGUUUGAGGUACAUCUUGUCUCUGAAGUUAAUGGGCCUGAAAGAAAGGAACCUUUCAAAAAGUCAAAGAAAGGAAAAAAACAAUUGCCCUUUUUUGAGUUCAUUGCUGCUGCCUGCUCACAACUGUCAUGUAGGACUGCAACUGAUUAUUGUCAUUAUCGAUUAAUCUGCUGCCUUUUUUCUUGAUUAUCGAAUAAUCAUUUGGAACAUAAAACGUCAGAAUAUUCACAUUAUUUUAUCCUAGGCCUCACAUCAUCAAAUAUCCUGUUUUGUCUGACUCACAGUCUAAAACAAACUUCAAUUCACGGUAAGACCAAGAAUGGUGAAUUCUCACAUUUAAAAACAAACCUGGAACCAAUUGAUUUUGACUUAAAUGAUUCAUUGAUUAGCAGAUUAGUUGCUGAUUAAUUUGCUUUUUAUUGACUAAUUGUUGCAGCUCUAGUUUUUUUGAAUAUCAACCAUUUCUUUUGUGUGAUUUAUGUUUUUCUGGCAAAGGUGAGAUGUAUGUCUGGUGGUCUGUCUGUGUUCAGGAUCGUUUAAAUCUCUAAAGAUUCUAGCUCAUCAGAGAUUGCAACGUGUAUGGCCUUCAACUAUUUAAAGGAAUAUUCCGGUGAUUUUAAUAUUGUGCUUGCAUAAAGUUGGGGAACUCACGAGACAGAUUUUUAUUGAAUUCUUUUAAGGUGGAAAAUUGAUGUAGCUGGAGCCAAGAUAUCUUGACUAGCAUGGGUCGAAUUCCAAAGACACUGGAUCCUACAUUUUCCACAAUGCAACUGAAUGUUUUUUUUUUUUUGUUUGUUAGGGAACCCCCCCCCCCAAAAAAAAGCCCAGUUUGUAACGCAGGCUUUCAUGCUUUAAGUGUCAAGCCCAGAAAGAGAGACUAUGACAUCAUCAGGGUCAUGUUUCUCGGACUCCCCACAGAGCCGAAUAUCUGAUCUUCAUGUAUAAAAUUAGUGGAGUGUCCCUUUUUAGAAACAACACUUGAGCCUUAUUGUUAUGAUUCAUGCAAGCUUAACUUUAUAUUUUGAGAUUGUACAACAAUGACUGACCAGUAAUGUCACCACUGUGUGAUGAGACUCGUGACCAUGAACCUGACACGUGUGUCUUACAGAAGGCCAAUAUUGCAAAUGUACAAAUCCGUACUGAUGGAUUGAAAACAAAUGGACUACUUGUCAUCAGAGGCCAGUUGAGGUGAUAAAAUUCCAAAUUAAUAUCACGUCAGUGUCUAUUUGUUUUCCAACAUGAUUGACACAUGCACAACUGUGAUGGAAAAAUGUGUCUUGCCAUCUUUUUUUUUUUACUUGUAGGCUAACCUAAUUCUUUUUAACUUCUGAAUGAUAGAUGGAUAUUUGUAUAAGCAUGAUUUGAAUCACUCGCCAUGAGAGGAACUCACCAACAAAGAGGAACCAAAUGAAUUUGAUAACGGGAUUGUAACUAACCUUUUUAAAGCCACUCAUAAUCACGGCUUGGUUAUUGUUAUAAUAAAGCCUAGACUACACUACAUUUAUUAUAAUAACUAUUGUAACUUUAAGACAAAACCAAUCUCUAGAUACUCCCGAUGAUGACACGGUGCACCAGCGCGCUUUUUUUACGCGUGAAGUUGUCUGUGUGUUAAAGGCUGCUGAUAGCUCAUUAAAAAGCUUUAGUUGGCGCAUUUAUUUAUUCCACUGAAACUUAACCUGUUCAGCUGACCAGCGUGGGGACACAGCUUGACAUAAUCCAUUACACUAUUAUGUGAUUUAGGCUAUGAUUAAGGAUUUUUUUUUUUUUUGAGAUCCUCAGACCAAGGUUGAACUGUGUUUUUGCUCGUCUGUUAGUGUAACGAAUUGCAUUAUGUAUUUGUAAAUAUGACAUCGACAGAGCUCUUAUUGUGAAUAAAGGAAGUUUUAUCACAGGACUCAAAUCAAUCAUGGAGCACUUUGUGCCAGCUGAUCGCUCUUUAUCAGUCUGCAGGCGGUUGUGUUACGCAGCAGGGCAUUUCCUAAACGACCUGUGCGCCUCUAUGUGGUUCACCUAUCUGCUGGUCUACCUCCACUCCGUGCUCGGCUUCCGGAGCACCUAUGCAGGUGUGCUGCUGCUGAUUGGUCAGAUAGCGGACGGAGUCUGCACGCCGCUGGUCGGAUAUGAACCUGACAGAAUAGCGUGCUUUGACGGCAAGAAAAAAUCCUGGCACCUAUUGGGUAAGUAUGAGAAACGAAUUGGAUUUAAGUACAAUGUAUUUAUUCGUUGUCAGAUUACCUAUUUGGUCGGCCUGUUGUUGGUGCUGGGCUUCGCCACCUGGGUGUUUGUGGACAAGAGCAUGGGAGCUGAGAGGAUCUAUGGAGCAGCCGUGCUGCUGGGAGCUGGUUCAGCCACGAUCCUGGUCAUGUCUCUGCCUAUGACGGCCAAACACAUCGGGGAGCAGACGCAAAGUGGAGCCUUUGUUUAUGGAUCGAUGAGCCUCACUGACAAGUUUGCUAAUGGUGCGGGGGUCGUCCUCAUCCGGAGCAUGCGACCAUGCAGCACAGAUGACUGCUGCCCAGACUGUGUUUGGUUUUAUCGUGAUGUCAUGGCGAUGGUAACCGGGGGCGUGGGUGUGACUGCAGCACUUUGCCUGUUCACUCUUCUAAUCUGUCCAAUCAGGAUAGGGAGAGGUUAG